UACAGUGGAACAAUCUUGACCCCGGGGGACGCAAUAUGACCGAAAUUUCCACCGCAAUUUAUUCGAUGGGUUCCGUUUUGUUCUGCGAGCAAAGAACUUACAGCGGAUGUGCAGCACUAUUCCUCUCGGCAUGCAUUGCUGGUUCAUGAGAUGAAGACGCCUUUCAGGAUGGAAUCGCCCGCUCCACGAGACCUGGAGGCGGAGCCCCACAAGUCCUUCAGCCCAACCUCAUAAACUCGAGGGCUCGAUCGCCGUCUCUGGUCCUCCACAGCCCACCCGGUCCCCCCUCUUACUCUUUUCUCCCACCCUCGCCUGCAUAUAGAUACCUUCACUCCACUGCUCGUCCAACAUUCUCAUUCUUUCUUGAAGAGGCCAUGGCUUCCUCCUCGUCCUCCGUCAUGGGCCUCCUCGCCCUCAUCGCCGCCUCCCUCCUCUCGUCGACCGCUUCCGGAUCGCCAGCUCCGCCUCCCCAAGAACCGCACCAGGCCUUCCUCCUGGCCCCGAUCCUCUCCAACCUCGGCUUCCAGGAGCUCGCCAUGGCCGUGCCCGCCAUCUACUCGCCGGUCCUCUCCGCCUGGUCCGGCCCCCUCACCCUCUUUGCCCCAUCCGACGACACCCUCCACUCCUGUCCCUCCUGCUCCCCCCUCCGCCUCCUCCGAGAGCACCUCGUCCCCGGCCUCUUCUCCCUCCCGUACCUCUCCACGCUCGCCUUCGGCACCAAGCUCGAGACCGCCAGCCCUGGCCGCUGCCUCACCGUCACCUCCUCAGCUGCCGCCGCUCUCCGCCCCCGAUCCAUAGCCAACUCCUCCGACGUCAAGAUCUUCGUCGACGGCGUCGAGGUCACCCGCCCGGACCUCUUCAACGACGGCCGCUUCGUGAUCCACGGCAUCGGCGGCUUCGUCGCCCCGCUGUCCCCUCUUUCUUGCAGUCACGGGGACCCUCACCCCGCCAUUGCCGCCGGUGCCUCCGAUUGCCCUGGGUCGGCGAUCGUGCAGCUGAUGCUGCGCGACGCCGUCGCCCGCCUCCGAGACAGCGGGUUCAGCAUACUCGCCCUGGCGAUGCGAGUCAAGCACGCGGAGCUGUCGGGUCUCCAGAACAUGACGGUGUUCGCCCUCGACGACCCCUCGAUCUUCGCCGGCGGGCACGGGUACGUGACGGAGGUGCGGUUCCACGUCGUCCCCAACCGCCUUCUGACCCACGCCGACCUGCUGCGGCUCCCACCGGGGGCCAUCCUGCCGACGCUGGUCCAAGGCCAGCACCUGGUGGUGACGCACGCCGCCGUCGUCGCCGUCGGCCCCGCGGCACUGGGCCCCGCCUCAGGCCUCCGGAUCAACUACGUCCCGAUCAAGGUUCCCGACGUGGUGACCAACGCCCGGAUCGCGGUCCAUAGCAUCUUCCUGCCGUUCCCGCACCUCUAUGUGCCGGUUCAGCCGUCUGCGGUAGCAGCAAAGGGCGGGAUCUGUGGAGACAAGAAGGGGCCGUGCGGCGCUUCAGUCGAAUGUGAGGUGGCUACCGAGGUCGUCGAUUUCUUGGACGACGGCCCGUGAUGUGUAAGAUCUUCUCUUCGCUUCUCUGUUUUCUUUCUGUGACGUCUUCCUCGCACACGAUGGGAAUUGGGACGGCCGAUUUCUUUUUGCCAAUUGCUGUUCCAAAACGAAAACAAAGGACUAGGUGAAUGAAUCAAGAACCGUGUCAGGGUUGCAUGGAGCCCUCGGAUUCUCUUUCUUUUUCGUCCUCUGUACCCCGGGUGGGGUUGGGUAGGCCUUUCUCGUUCUCUCUCGUUAAUUUUUUAUUAGUGUGAUCAUUUUCCGUUUCAGUUCAUUGCUUGUUGAUUUGGGCGGAAAAUCGAGGGGAAUUUAGAUGCAGGUUUAUAAAUUAUUACUAACCAUGGUUUUAAUUCAUAAAGGAGGAGACACGUCCUAUGAACCAUGUUGUAUCAUUCACACGAAUGAAUGAUUGAUCUGCUUUUGCAACGCCAAUAUCAUAUUUUACACACAUGAUGUGAAUUUUGAA